ACGGCGGUGUCACCCGCAGUGAAACGCUUACGAAACAGACGCCAUUUUGGCUCAACCGUGAACCGUCAGCGUUGGAAUGUCACGCCACUCCAGCGUAGCUUGAGCCAAAAUGUCCCACCCUUGCUGCAGUUCGUAGUAACCUUCGGGGGAGGGAUUUACGAGAGCUCUCGCACGAACUACUUCUGACUCGACUUCUAUGGAAGACUCGAAAAUGGCCUAGCCUUUGCAUGGAGAGACACAACAGAUGUCAAAGACAUUAUCGGUUGUUUAUCUGACACGGAGUUUGUUGGAUUUUACCCGUGGAGUUUCAUGACGGAAUCGUGCGUGAAGAUGACGGGGAUUCCACCGGUUUGGCUGUCCAAUGUGUGCAAGACUGGAUGAGACAAGGGCUCUGUCAGGAGCCUUUGUGCAGAUUUACCUGCAAUUACUGAAGAGGACCUCUAGGCAGGUGAGAAUGAUUAUGACUCGCUGGAGGGUUCUUCAUUUCUUAUAACAGCGGCAGAGAUAAUCAAGUAUUCUAAUUUGAAGCGAGGGCAUGCAAAGAAUACGGAAUAUGUUCGCACAGCUCUUGGCAGGGUGGAGUUUCUUGACCCAUGGAGAAUUACUUCCAGGCUGAGGCCUUUAACCUGGACAAGGUGCUGGACGAGUUUGAACAGAAUGAAGAUGAUACAGACACACCGACUCUCUCCGAUGCCAAAUGGACUCAGAUUCUGGCCCCUUCGUCACACCUCCUUUCCUUGAACACUGGAUUAACCCACUCUGACCUCAGCCCAAGAGAUAGCCCCAUCAGCUUCAAGCCUCUUCUGGAGUCCCACACCUUAGACGGCUCCUCUUUGGCUGAGGUCACCAGGUUAGAGGGGAAACGGGGGCAGGGGGAACAGCCAGAGGGCAGGAGUGAGGACCGGCCGGCAGAUGUUUACAGUCCCCCUUUGCCCCAGCCCAACAUUGGCAAGCUGGUGAGCACUGAAGGGCAGUUUCCAGACUUGCCGUCCUCCAACAGAGUGGGGCUGGAAAACCACUGUUCGGCUAGUCCUAAUCAUAGUGGAUGUUCUGAAGACCUUCAGGCCAACAAUGAGAAAAGUCAACCUAUUACUGACCAACAAAGUGUUUUAGACACUGGGCCCUGUGAGCUUAGGACAGAGAAGAAUGAUACCAAUGAGGGAAGUGGCACUGGUCUUAAUGACUCUCAUUUCCCCUUUCCUAAGGAAGGACUUGGAAGCAGGCCAUCUGUUUUGAAGAAUGGUGUCUCAUCUGUUGAGAUGGAGGCAAGCAAGUCUGACAGUGAGGGUUCACCUGUAGGGGACCAGGAUGUUGGAAUGGGGGACUGUAAUCUUACAUUUCAGGAGGGAAGUAUUCCCCAGAAAAGGGAAACAGUAUUGCACAAAAUGGCCAGUGGCAGUGUAGACUGCGUGAGAGAGAAUCAUGAGGGUGCCUUUCAGAAUGGUGGACUGGUUGAGACUGAAAGUGAAGGGAAAUUUACUUGGACAUCACAUCAGGAAAAGAAAGACAAAAUGCUAGAGAAGGACCAGGUGGGGAUGCACAGUGACUCAGUUGCUGAAUCGCCAGGGGUGGAGAAGUCCCUGUUCAAUGGUCUGAUUGUGGACCUUGAUAGAAAUGCUGACAGCCAGCCACUGGUCCCUUCAAAGGAGGACUCUGUGACAGAGGAAAAGGAGAUGGAGGAGAGCAAGCAGGAUUGUUGUGAUCCAGUUCGGGGAUCAGAAGCUGGCAGAAUGUGCAAACUCAACAACAACCGCCUGCAGCCUGUCAGCGUGCCCUACGGUGGUGCGCGGCCAAAACAACCUGUCAGUCUGAAGCUGCAAAUUCCCCAGCCUCUCUCAAGCCAAGUCCAGAAUGAAUUUUGCUCUUCUGGCAAGAACAAGAACCUGGAGCCACAGUGUAGGACAGGAGACCUUGAGUUGUCUUGUGGAGGAACAGAGUCUGGAGAAGUUCGAAUAAAUGGAGAGACUGGUGAUGGUUCAUCAGCCUUACUCAUUUCUUCUGAGAGUCCCGACAAUGACCUUCAGGCAGAUCAACAGGGAGCCUUCUCAAAGAAACCUUAUAGUUCCUUGGGGGAGGUGGCCCCUGUGUGGGUUCCUGACUCUCAAGCACCCAUUUGCAUGAAGUGUGAGGUCAAGUUCACCUUCACUAAAAGAAGACAUCAUUGUCGAGCUUGUGGUGAGGUAUUCUGUGCAGCAUGUUGUAGUCUGAAAAGCAGACUGAUGUAUAUGGACAGGAAAGAAGCAAGGGUUUGUGUCACCUGCCACCGUGCUCUCAUUAAUGCUCAAGCAUUGGAAAAUAUGGGAGGUGGCUGCAACCAAAGCCCCAAUCCCAACAACCCAGCGGAGUACUGCUCCACUAUUCCACCUUUGCAGCAGGCCCAGGCGUCAGGAGCAUUCAGCUCCCCGCCACCAACCGUUAUGGUGCCCGUCGGUGUCCUUAAACAGACAGGAACUGAUGGUUCACUAACUCGAGAGCAGAGAAGGGUAUGGUUUGCUGAUGGCAUUCUUCCCAACGGGGAAGCUACAGACUCAGCUGAAGGGCCUGCGGCAAACCCCAAACCCCCACAGCCUGUGGCUGCAUCCCAGUACUCAAGCAAAUCUUCAGCAGCCAAUGCUUCUGAUGUGGCCCAUGCCCCAGUAGCCCCGACUGCCAGCCCUGUGGGCAGCUCCCUUAGUCUGAUCCCAGAAGAUGGGCUUCCUCCCAUCCUCAUCUCCACAGGCAUCAAAGGAGGUACGGGAGGCCACAUCACAGACUAUGCUGUGGAGGAGAGGCCUUCAGAGAUUGUGCUAAUGCAGCAGCUUGAGGAGGGGGGUCCUGAUCCCCUGGUCUUUGUUCUCAAUGCCAACUUGCUGGCCAUGGUCAAACUGGUCAACUAUGUGAAUAGGAAGUGCUGGUAUAUGACGACAAAGGGUAUGCAUGCCGUGGGCCAGGUGGAAGUAGUAGUGCUUCUACAGUGCCUCCCUGAUGAGAAAACCAUUCCCAAGGACAUCUUCAGCCACUUUGUCCAGCUCUACCGAGAGGCUCUCACAGGAAAUGUGUUAAGACACCUGGGCCACUCCUUCUUCACUCAGAGCUUCCUGGGAAGCAAGGAGCAUGGCGGCUUCCUUUACAUCAGCCCCACUUUCCAGUCCCUGCAGGACCUGCCGUUACCUAACCCACCUUACGUCUUUGGCAUCUUGGUGCAGAAGUGGGAGACCCCCUGGGCCAAGGUCUUUCCCAUCCGACUCAUGCUUCGCUUAGGGGCGGAAUACAGAUUCUACCCCUGCCCUCUAUUUAGUGUUCGCUUUAGAAAACCACUCUUUGGGGAGACUGGCCAUACCAUUAUGAACUUAUUAGCGGAUUUCCGAAACUACCAGUACACAUUGCCAGUGGUGGAGGGGCUGGUGCUGGACAUGGAAGUGAGGAAGACCUGCAUCAAGAUACCCAGCAACCGUUACAAUGAGCUCAUGAAGGCAAUGAAUAAGUCCAAUGAGCAUGUGCUGGCCAUGGGAGCGUGCUUCAACGAGCGGGCAGAUUCCCACCUCGUUUGUGUUCAGAAUGACGACGGUAACUACCAGACACAGGCCAUCAGUAUUCAUCACCAGCCUCGCAAAGUGACUGGUGCCUCCUUUUUCGUGUUCAGUGGGGCUCUGAAGGCUUCAUCGGGCUUCUUGGCUAAGACCAGUAUUGUUGAAGAUGGCGUGAUGGUGCAGAUUACAGCUGAAACUAUGGAGGCCUUACGGCAAGCCCUAAGAGAGAUGAAAGAUUUCAGUAUUGCCUGUGGGAAAGCUUAUCAGGAAGAGAACAAGGAGCAGGUCCAAAUCCAAUGGAUUGAGGAUGACCACAACGUCAACAAAGGAGUCAUCAGCCCUAUUGAUGGGAAAUCCAUGGAGUCAGUCACCAGUGUUAAGAUCUUCCAUGGCUCAGAGUAUAAGGCCAAUGGGAAAGUCAUCCGCUGGACAGAGGUGUUCUUCCUGCGGAGCGAGGACCAGACUAAUGGUCUCAGCGAUCUGGCAGACCACAGCCGACUCACUGAGAACAUGGCAAGGGCUUUUUGCAUGGCCCUGUGCCCUCACCUCAAACUUCUCAAAGAGGAUGGCAUGGCCAAACUGGGCCUGCGGGUCACUUUGAACUCUGACCAGGUGGGCUACUUAGCUGGCAGUAACGGUCAUCCACUGCUCCCCCAGUACCUGAGUGAUCUCGACAGUGCCCUCAUCCCAGUGAUCCACAGCGGGGCUUGCCAGCUGAGCGAAGGGCCUGUGGUUAUGGAGCUCAUCUUCUACAUUCUGGAGAUCAUCUCCUGAAAGGAUGGUAUCCGUCCAGCUCGAGUCUCUCCUUUUUUCCUUUCCCUCUCUCUUUCUCUCAUUUGCACUUCAAAGAGCCUGAAAGCUGUGCAGGAAAAGUCCUCCAAUCCAUCUAUGCACCAUCUCCACUGGGACCCUCAGCCCAUCCGUUCUGAAUGUGGUGCUCUUUCAUUUCUUUCCACCUCCCAACUCCACUGUGGAAACCAUAGGCCGUGUUGAGUGACAAGAAAGGGUGGCUUCUGAAUCUGAAUCAGAUUUCUUGAGAACCCAUUGUAGCAACCUGAAACACAAGAGGGCGCUGUACACUCUCAGCCCUAAUGGAGACUCUCCUGAACAUUGGAAUUAAAGACAGAGAGAAACUCCAUCAGGAGGAUUUGCUCUAUGAAAUUGUUUCUGGUGCACAGUGCCUGGGCCUCAAUAGGAAAAGAAGAAUGGGUUCCUUUGAGCUUCAGUCUCGCCUCCAAGCUUUAUGAAUCACCAGAUGCUUUAUUUAAGGAAUAUGGACCUCAAAUUGUUUUAUUUGUCUUUUUUUUUGUUUUUUUGUUUUUUGUAUGAGUGUAAAAUUGCUCCAAAGCUAAAAUGAUGUAGCUUCCUCAGAGAUGAACUGCUUGGCAGGCAGAGGAAAGAUGGCACAGUGUUUGGAAUGAUGAUGACUGAGUUGCUACAAAUGUCAAGAAUGGACCUCUGUUACAAAAAGACUCUUCUCAACUGGUUAUUGACUCCAUAAGCUUUAACUAAAAUUUCAUGCAGCGUUCAGGAUUUCAACUACAACUUUGAGUGUUGUCACUACUGAAGGUCUCAGUCCAAUAAAGUUCCUCAAAAGGAGCUUUUUGUUGUGGACUGGUUAUGAUCUAUACUCAUCUAGUGAUAGAAGCCACUGCAUUUAGCAUCAUGUACCCAUCCCAUUUCUUUUCCAAAACUUUUAAAUGGCCUAUGUUUAUUUAAUGUUCUCCCUAUGUUUUGAACAUGUUAUCAUUGAAAGCAUUAUGCAAAGAUUAGACUUAAAUAGCAAUGCAGUGCACUGGAUAGUAAGCCAUUUUUAAGAAAUUAAAGGAGGGAAUAAAGAACAGAGAAGAGUGGAAACUGAUAUUUAAAGGGACAAUGGAUGCUAUUAUCGUUUAUAAUGAGAGGAAAGUUUGGAUUUUGGCAGGGAUUGUGGUCCCUACGCCCUUAAUUAUAUUGUCAGUUUGGAGUCAUUAACUUAAUCGGUUUCUCACAAUGAUGAUAUAUUAUGUCCUAAAACAGACCUUCUGUAGAGCUGCUAAGAAUAUUAUUAAUAUGCUUUAGGUGAGUAAAUCUCAUGGGAAAGUACUGCUCUAUGAAAUGGGCCGCCACCGUCCAGUUGCUUUCCCCAAAAUUGUAUCUUUUACUAUCUUAGGUUAUAUAUAAAUCAGACUCACUGUGAUUUGUUUUAAUUAACUUUUUGUAUCAGUUUUUCAUUCAAAUGAAGAAAAUGUUUUCUGUGGUUAACUGGCAUAAUAUUGUCACUCUCCCAAAAUAUAUAAUCAGUAUUAUGACCUCAAUGCAUGUUGGAUCAUGUUUUCAGAGAAAUAAACCGAUAUGCCCAUUAUCAGACAUUAUAUUACAAUGGUCAAUUGGAUUUGAGUGUGUUUUCAUGCACACUAAUGCGCUGAUGAGCAAAAAUCUGAUUAUUCCAUAAAAUCAGAGAAUGCAAGAAAUCAUUACUAGAGGUAGACUGUUAUAUCGGUUUUACCGAUUAUUCUGUGCCAGUAGUUGCUUUUUGGAACUAUUGGUUAUGUCGGUAGUUGCCGAUAGUUUUUUCAUAAUUUUGUAAUUUCAAAAUAAGAGUCCCCUAUGUGUUUUGGAUUUGUUCAUACUUAAAAGUCUCUUGUUAUGCACCAAAUCUGAAUUUUUUCUGGUUAUUAUUGGGAUUUUGAUUGAACAAAAAACUGCAGCUGGGAUUUUAUUCAUUUUGAACUCUUUGUCUUUGCCUGCCAUAGUAUAGAAAAUAAUACGAUUUUUUUUUUU